AUGGAUACAUUUCUCACCGGGCUUACCCGGCAAGCGAUGAAUUAUGCGAUUCGCUCGGGAAUUGCGAUUACGGCGAGCUAUGCGAUGCGCCAGUCGUCGCGGUUGCUGAAGAACGUCAGUAGCGAAGACCGAGAUGAGCUGUUUUUAUUGCAGCAACGCCUAGAGAGCAAAAUUCAGGUUAUCUCUCCUUCUAUUGACAUGAUUGAGUUGAUUGCUGCUCGAGGAAAUACGUCAUUGGAAUCUGCAGUGGCACUCACAAAGUCUCUGCGAUGGGACAUCCAGGCCCUGGGACAACGUCUAGCAAAAGCCGCCACAUCAGAAGAACUAAUUCGAAAGGGGGCUAAGUCCAAGGAUCGCGCACAAAGCGAAGCGGAAAUCAAGUUCAUCAUCAAGGACAUUAAGAAGCUGCUGGCUCGGAUUGAAGAUGCGGUGCCACUGAUGAAUCUCGCAAUCACUACAUCCGGGGCCAAGCUAUCGACAAACUUGCCGGCAACAGUUUCACCCUCCCGACUUCUUCAGGCGAGCACAUUUCUUACUGCAGGUGACACUCAAUACUCGAUGUCUCCAUCGCAGGCAGUACAAGUUGGACCAACAUUUACCCUUUCGAUGUACAUGUUAUUUGCCAGCCACUUGCGGCCUCACGACGAAGAAUCUGUCCGCGAAGCAACAUGGAAGGAAGUCAUGCACAAGGCACGACUGAAGCUACGUCGUGUUCCAAUAGACUCAUUACAAUCUCCAGAAGAACGCAAACGAGCAAAGCUACCUGGGCCGGCCGGAGCCGACGAAUACACAUACCAAGUCCUCAUAAUUGAAGACCUUGAGGAUGGCAGAGUGCACACAUUUGACGAAAAUGAUCCACAGCCCCAGAACUAUGAAGGCAUUUCCCAGGCAGGAAUUCGGGAAAUUCUGCCCAUCCAUCAAAUCUCCAAGAUUUUUUAUGCCGAUACCGGCCGAAUUCUGAAUAUUAGCACUGAAGGCGAAACAAAUAAUCCAAUACUCCUACUGAAGCGUGACUUGAAUGCUCUUCCCCCGCGGCGCAUGAUGGAACGGGAGGAGGUAGAGGAGGAGUACCCUCCAGCUGAAUCUGAUGAAGAGCCAGAAGAUGAGGAGCAAGCUCAACUCGAUGCACAGUUAAAUGGAGGAAGCGGUUCAGCAAACAACAGCUUCAGCUCUCUCCACCAAGAAUCCAUACCCGAAGAAUGGCGUCUGCCUCCUGGACUGGAUCCAGAAUGGAUCGCAUUCGAAGUCUACAACGAAGACGAAUCUUCGGACACCGAAUCAGAAGCCGAAAACGCCGACUCUACGAACGAGCCCACACUUGACCCAAACAUGAUGGCCAAGCUAUCAAUCAACGACCAACGCCACUCAUCACCCUCUCCCUCCCGCCAAAGACACGCAUCUCCAUCAAACACAGGAACAACUACAGUCACAAACCCUCAUUUCGAAAACAUCCGCACCUCACUUUCACUCUUGGAAACUCUCCUCCGCUUAACCUCCCUCCAACAAUUCCAGCAACAAUCCCACCUCUCCAUCAGCGACGAACUCCUCAACUUUUUCUUGGAAGAAUCUUCCACAACAGGUGCCGGAGGCGACGAACAGCACCGUCAACGCCUCCGAAAUGAAGCUCGCCGCCGCGUUGGCUGGGAUCCUUACAACGAAAGCCCUGUCAAGCACCGUGGUGAAGAUUAUCAAUAUGGCUGGGAGGCCGGUAGUCCAUAUGGCUAUACUCAUGAUGGAGGGGAGCCUUACUCGCCAACGGGUAGAGGGCAGGGGUUCCACCUUCGUUCUAGAGAGGGAACGCCAGAGACUCCCGUGCGAAAGGGUUCGCCCGGGACUCGUCCCAGUGGUCUGCGUGGUAUGACGCCAGUAUAUUCUCAGUCUCCUCUUGGGAAGAACGGUUCGCCUAAGGAAGGUAAUCUGGGCUCUGGGACAGCGGAGUAA